AAAAGUAAGUUUUUCAAAAGUAAGAUUCAACCAAAGUGAUUUUUGAUUGUUGUGGAUAUUGGUUUCACAUCAGCUGGUUUUUACAGUCAGCUGAUUUUAAUUUACUAUCAGCUGUUAUCAUGUACCAACAAGUGAGUGUAGUAGUGUCAAUGGCUGUUGUGUGUGUUUGUGAGCUACAUUUAAGUCAUGGGAAUAUUUCUUCAGGAGACCUUCUUGAUGCCUCUGAUUACUCGGAACCAAUUGAGCCUGUAGCUGAAGAUGCUCCUAGUUGGAUCAGACAUGAUAGUUUCCAACACACGUCAGUCUAUGUGGACAUACGGUACGGGGACCAGGAUGUUAUACAGGAAGUUUCAAAAGAGAAACUGCUCAUGCAGAAGAAGCCUGUCCCUAACAGUGACAUGAAUGAGAUCUGGUACAUCCCCUACGAGGACAGAGACUUGCAGCUGUUCUUUGCCAAGGUGUUGGACCUUGACCCUGACAAUCUUACAAUCGAACAUGUGGCGGUUUUCAGAGCUGAGAGUGCAAUAAAGAAGAUCCUGAUCAAACGAAUGCAGAUUAGUGAUGAACAAAUUGUGGAAAGAUUAAAAGCUGCUUUACAAAACAACUAAAUUUGAAGUGUAAAA